CCUUUUCUUUUUGUUUUUCUAAAGUAGCGAUCUAGUUCUUUAUGGGAAUAUAAGUGUCUGAAAAUCUGAUAUGCUAGAAAAUGUCGAAACACCGUUAUGAAGUGAGUGGAUUUUAUAUGAAAUAAAGAACAGCUGGAUUUAGUGGUGUUCAGCCUGAACCGCCGACCGCGAUAUUAAACGGUUCAUUAUAUAUAAUCUUCGUGACAAUCGGUCCUUUGUAAUUAAUCAAUGUCGAAUAGCGAUGGUUUUGAACUCGGAAAUCAUGUAAAGGUUUUUUUUUUUCUUUCGUUAAAUCAUUUUGAUAUACAUUCAUGAAGAUAAAGAACUUCGUAAAACAUAAUUUUAUAUAGAAGAUGGCCGAUCCUAAACUGGUAUGUGCUAUUGACAUCGGAACAACCUACAGCAGUUAUGCCUUUCAAUUCAAACACGAUUACAGCCGUGAGGACCCUGUUCACAAGAUUUGCGCACCGCAGGCCUGGAAUGAUGGAAAAUUGCAGGUGGCAUCAAUGAAAACACCUACAUGUCUGUUGUUGGACAACAACGGACACGUUGACAGCUUCGGGUAUGAGGCUGAGCGGAAGUUCUCAGAUAUAUGCGAGGACGAAGACCAAGAUCCGAAGGACUGGUACUUCUUUAAAAGGUUUAAAAUGAAGUUACAUGAUCUGAAGGCUUUGUCUCCAUCUACACUAAUAAAAGAUGAACAAAAUAAAGCGUUUCCUGCUAUAGAGGUUUUUUCAAAGUCGAUAAUGUGCUUGAAAGAUGAGUUGCUGAACGAAUCAAAGAGGAAAAUUGCGACAGUUCUAACAGACGACAUUUUAUAUGUGUUGACAGUUCCCGCCAUUUGGAGCGAUAAUGCGAAAGACUUCAUGAGGCAAGCUGCGAAACGGGCUGGCAUUAAGGACAAUAGGUUAACGAUAUCCUUAGAACCUGAGUCAGCGUCCCUGUGCUGUCAGUUUCUUCCCGUUGACAGAUUCUCCGUCGGCGGCGUAGCACAGUUUGCCCUAGCAGUUCCUGGUACAGUGUAUAUGCUAGUCGAUCUUGGAGAUGGAACCGCGGAUAUAACGGUGCAAGAGAAACUUGACUGCGGAAAACUGCGCGAGGUGCACCGUGUAUGUGGCGGCCCAUGGGGUGGAACAGCUGUUGAUGCUUUUUUUAUACAGGUGUUGUCUAAUAUAGUUUCUCCCUUAGGAAUGUCAGAAUUCAUGAACGAGUAA